AUGUGAAGAGGAAGAAAGUAAUUAAUCGAGAACGCGGAAAAAAGGCGCGGAAAAAAGGCAUAGUAACUGAGCUGGGUACAUUUAUGGGGACAUGUUUUAGUGGAUAGUAUUCAUUAGGGAAGUCCAUCGCGCGUCAUCGAGGUGUCGUAAAAAAAAGUUUAUAAGAAAAAAAAGGUCUGCCGAUCUACGCUCGUGGGAAGCCGCCGUUAAGUAUUUAUCUUUUCCCAGACUUUAACGGACAGAGUAGUGCAAGAGGACCGAUUUGAAAGGUUCUCUGUGAAAACAAUCGUGCAAUGUAAUAAAUACACGGCCUAUGAGACGACAGUCGUUUGCCUUCAGCAUAGAGACAGAUUUCGGAGAAGGACGUGCGUUUCUUUUUUUUUCUCUUUUUUGUUCUGCUCAUGAAAGAUGAUCGAUGUGUAAUAUGGUCCGGUCGUCGAAGAGUCUCAAGAGGACGGGAACGAUGUUGACGCACGGAGAUAAUGUGAUGAUUGGUUCGUCGCCGUAUUAUUUUCGCCACCCUAGAGAAUCGGCAAAAGCGCAGGACGAUCGCGUAAUGUCGGAACAAAACGCGGACGACAAGCCUUCGGUAAUUUUAACAAUUGCGUCAUCCAAGGGAAGAUGCAAAUACUGCAUUUACAGUAUUAUUGGGAUACUGUUGGUCUUGUUGUGCAUCAUGAUCAGUGGAAUGCUGUUCCCAUAUCCUCUGCGUGCUUCAUGUAUUAUUAAAUGGAAGUUUGACGAUCCGUGCGCGCAUGUGAUGCAAAAGUUCCGACGCCAGAUAACGAAUUGGUCUUCUUGGAACACUUGUCAACAGCGUGACGGCACUUGUCAGUAUACGCUCAAGCUACCUGUGGAGAGUAACAUAAUUAGAGCGACGCACAGGACAUCGAAGUCGCUCGAGAGGAUCGAGAUCAUCUUCGAGGAGAUAAACAAUACGUGUUUCGCUAAAGCUGAAUCUGUUUCAAGCAAUUGGUUCAUAAUAUUCGAUUACGGGAGAAAUUAUUGCAAUCUGCACAACUUGGUAGUGGGAGCUGAUCUCGACAGACACGCGAAAUUUCAGGAGCUAACCAAUGAUGCUACGUGCACGCAAUUCAAUAUGGCAGUCUGUUGAUGAAACAAGACACACCGAUUUCUUGUGGUUUUUCAAAACUUACAUGUGUAAAUUUAUUUCAAAAUUUAUGUAUGAAUUAUAUAUUAUAUUGUUA